CAGUAGCCAGUACCGGGGGGUAAUAGAUCUGGUCUGUCGUACAUCGUCUAAUGAAAUAAUGGCCAAGUCAAAACGCCCUUCACAGGGACUUCAGAGCGAUAGGGAGGUCUGUCGCUGCUGUUCAAUGUGUGCCCUACUGCAUGUAUACAUCGUAUUCUGUCACAGAGGGCAGCCUAAUCCUCAGCGGUAUGGAAGCGAGCUCAAGCUCUCUGAAGAAGCUAGUGUGUGCUUAAUGCUCCCACCAAGCCUUCCCUGGCACUUGUCGCCACUCAGCUGUCCCUGCAGUGUGAGCAAGCCCCCGUGUCCUGCGCCAGCGUGGCUGUGCCGUGGCUGGCAAGCUGAGGUCACUGGUACCCAGCCCAACACCCUCCUUGGAGCUUGUCCCCACCACCGUGCUCACACCACGGGACUCAAGAGGCAGAAGCGCUACAUCCCCACUGGAGAAGGAGGGAGGCUGUUCCCCGGGCAUCCUCGCAGCAUCAUGACUCUCGAGGCUGACUUUAAUGCUGCUGCAGAAGAUGUAAAAAAAUUAAAAACAAGGCCAACUGAUGAAGAACUGAAGGAACUAUAUGGAUUAUACAAACAGGCUACUGUUGGAGAUAUUAAUAUUGAAUAUCCAGGAAUGCUAGAUUUGAAAGCCAAAGCCAAGUGGGAAACAUGGAACCUGAAAAAAGGUUUAUCAAAGGAGGAUGCCAUGAAAGCCUAUAUUUCCAAAGUAAAAGAAAUGGUAGAAAAAUAUGGGAUCUAGAAUAAUCAAAAUAAUUCCCACUAACAACUAACCCUUUAGUAGCUAAUGAACUAACGCUGAUGAGAAAAAUGCAACACUAACUCCUUAAUUCCUUAUUGUGUUGUCUAACAGUAAAAUCUUUUAAUCAUAAGCUGGUUGACUGUAAAGGGUAUUUGCAUACCCACUCUAUAUUUUAGAUUGUAUCUUAUUCUAAAUAAACCUAAUAAACUAAGCUUCCUGUAAGAAUUGUGGAUUUUUGUGGGUAUUAAAUUACAUUAAGUAUAUUUACAGAGAAGCUCUAAAAGUAAAAUAACAUAGCUGUCAUUUCUUGGAAAUGAGGUUAUGGAAUGAAAUAAAGGAUUGUGCACAUGCAAGAUGAGAAGAGGGAAAAAGAAAGAUGGAAACUGUUUUAUUUUUAAGACCCAAAGCCAAUGUUUAUUUUCAAAAAAAUAAAAA